CCAGCGUCAUCCUUUCUUCCUUUGUCUGUUGUGUGCCACUUCCCUUUGCCCUUCCCUUUUCUUUUCCUCUUGUCUUCUUUGUUUUGGACACACCACCACUGCUUUGCGACAGUCAGUCUCACGACCUUGUGUUUGGUUUGGCUUUGGCUGCUUGUUUUGGCAUUUCCUGCUACGCGUCCCCCUUCCCGCUCCACGCGAGUCGACGAACGACGCCGCCAGCCCCUUGUUGUUGUUGUUCUUCUUUCUUCGCACACGCCCAAGCCCUCUCUUUCUGGCUCGCUUUGGGGGUGUUUUGUUUUGGGACUCAAGAAGCGCGUGCGCUUGUUUUACCCCCAUCCUCCCUCCUCUCUGUCUCUCUCUCUCUCUCGCUCUCCCCUCCCCCCACCUUGUCCUGUUGUGCCGCAGAGGAUGGCAGACCUGAGUGCGCAGGAGUUAUCCAUGGAUUUUGAGUCAGACGUCUUCUUCUCACGCACCCCAAGCGAGCAGCGAACAACGCGCGAGGAUCACCUCCAAGCCCCACCUUCCUCAAAGCCAUCAACCACAGCAUCAUUGAACGCGCAGGACAGGCGAUCUCUUUCCAGCCAUCGCUCGUCGUCGUCACAUCAUCACAUACCCGUGUCAGCCGCCAUGGCCCCCGCGGUUCCCACCAUCAACGCCGGCAGCGUCAGCAGCGCCAGCGCCAACGAGACGACUGCCGCUGUCGCUCUAGCACCCGCAGACACGCCACGGUCCCGAAGCACCUCCCACUCCCACUCCCACUCCCAGUCACGCCGCAGCCGCACCGAUUCCGCGAGCACCGGCGCCCUUGAUUCCCCUUCUGCUCAGCACCACCACCAGCAAUACCAGCAGCAGCCGCAGCAGCCACAAUACCAACAACAAGCGUACCAGCAGCAUACACUCGCGCCACCAACCGCAGCUGCAACAAAUACAGCACCACCCCAGCCAAAUCUCAACUUACAGCGUGGCCGCCGUCGCAGUCGUCACACCCCGCACUCCGAGGGCACAUACAGCUCUGCAUCUCCCCGGUCACCCGCAGUCACAACGACCACCGCCACCACAACGACCGCUGCCAGACAGCAGCAGCAGCAACAGCAGCAGCAGCCCCAAGGUCAGAUGGCGGCGCCGUCACAAGCGCCCGUCACGAUGGCACCGCCCACGCCCACCAUGGUCCCACUGCAGCCACCAUACUCCGACGGUGCUUCACGCUCGCAUCCCCGCGCCAGCCACUCGCAUACUGUCCAGCAGCAGCAGCAGCAGCAACAGCAGGCCCAAUUCCCUCAACCAGGAACAGCCCAGCUGCACGCCCCAGCGCCCGCACUCCCACAGCCUCAACAACCAGCCACUGUUGCACCACAAGCACCAGCACCGGCAGCACCAGCAACCAUGCUGCCCAACCAGCCACCGCCGCUGCCACAAGCGCACCCCGCCACCAACAUGGCAACGGUGACUCCGACCUCUGGCCCAGCCAUCUCUGAGAACACCUUGCGUGUGGACGGCCUUCCUGCGACCGUCACAGUGGACAUGCUCCUCCGGCUCUUCUCAUCACAUGGCCUCGUGCAAGAGGCGCAGCUACAUGGAGGUGAGCAGGGGUUCAACAGCGCCUUUGUGAACAUGGUCUUCGCAGCCGAUGUUCCCGGUGCAUUACGCUUGGACGGAUUCAAGCUUCACAACGCCUGCCUUCGCGUCCACAGGGCUGUUCAAGUUGGAACCGCGCAGGCCCAGCAACCACAGCCGCAGCAAACACAGCAGCCACCACAACCACGGCCGCAACAGCUGCAGCAACAACAGCAGCAGCCACCACAACCACCGCCACAGCUGCAGCAGCAACUUCAGCCACAACCACAGCAGCCACCACAACCACCGCCACAGCUGCAGCAGCAACUUCAGCCACCAGUGGAGUUGAUGAGCGCGCAGCGCAUGCAACACGGUCCCAGCCAUCGCGGUAGCAGUGAUGGCAGCACGCACGCACGCGUCGAGCAACAACAACAGCAGCAACAGCAGCACCAGCCACAACAACAGCAAGAACAGCUGCAGGUGCAGCACCACCAUGAACAAAACGACAAUGUCGGUUAUGGGGAGCCACGCCAUGAGCACCAUGAUGGUGGAUUUGAACACAACGACCACCGCUACGCCGCCCACAGUGAUGACGACGGCUUUGUUGACCGCAGGCAGCACUGGUACCAGCGCUCCCACAGGAACAGCUACGAUGGUGGACGCGGACGCGGGCGUGGUAGGGGCCGCGGGCGUGGCAGGGGUCGUGGCCGUGGCCGUGGACGCUUUCAGCGGUACCAUCAUCAGCACAACAACCACACGCACAACAAAUAUGGGUACCACAACCACAACGGGUACAACAAUCACGACGGCGGCUACCGCCACAAGUUCAACCAACACAACCAGCACAACAACCACUAUCACCGCAGCAACAACUACCAGCGCAACUACUAUCAGAACGGCGAUGACAGCAACGAUUACCGUGGCCCGCAGCGGCGCGCCUAUGGCCACAACAACAACAACAACAACAGCAACAACAGCCAUCGCCAUGACCGAGAUCAGCGGAUGCAGUACGACCGCAGCCCACACCACCACCACCGCAGCCGACACAACAACCAGCAGCACCAGCGUGGUCGUCCGUACCAGCACCAUCAGCAUCGUCCUGACCAUCGCCACGAUGACGUGCAGCGCCACUCCAGCAGCGACGGCACCGAUAGCAGGCACUACCACAGCCGCAGUGACGAUGGCCGCAGGGACCGCGAUGCUGUUGAUCGGCACGACAGACGCCAGCGCCAUCGCCGACACGACAAGCAUCACCGCCGCCGCCACCACCACACCACCCACCGCCGCAGCAGCCGUCGGCGCGAUGGUGGUGGCCAUGGCGAUGGUGAUGGUGAUGGUGAUGGUGAUGAGAGGCGGCAGCGGCGCGAGUACACGGGUGACAAUGAUGGUGCUGACGUGUCUGCACGCGGCAGUGGGGACGAGAGCUACCGUGACUGUGACGACAGCCCAUACGACAGCGACCACUAUGACGACUAUGAUGAACACGAUGAUCGCCGGCGGAGUGACGAUCGUGACGAUGACGGCUGGGCUGAUGACGGUGUAAACCGCCGUGGCGAUGUGGAUGGUGGGGAUGGUGGUCGCGGCGCUGUCCGUGACGACGAUGGAGCCGGCGACGCCGCUGUUGGUGCACACGACGAGCAAAGGCAUCACAGCACCAGCAAAGCUGCCCCUGACCGGCACCAGCAAGAGCAGGAGCAGGGAUAUGACAAGGAAGCAGGGUCCCGUCAGCGGCGGUAUCGCGGUCGCCGUGCGAAGCGCGAGCACGAAGAAGGAGAUGGACAGCGCAGGCGCAGCCGCUGGAAGCGCAGUGAUGGUGGCGAGGGUGGUGAUGGUGGUGAUGGUGGUGAUGUUGGUGAUGGGAAUGCAAGUGAUGGCAUGGUACUCGCAGAUGAACCAAGUCAACCUCUGUCACAAUGA